AUGGCACCAAGCCUCGAGCAAGACUAUGAAGCGUCUGAUGUGAUCGAGGAGAAGGAGCGGCCGACCACAUCGGCUCUCUCAACGCGAGGGUGGAAGAAGUUCAGGCGAUCAGCCCCUACUCGAAAGAGCAAUCAGAUCCACAUACGUACCAUCGACCCACCGGCUGAGUUCGGGAAGGUGAAAGUAAUCGCCUAUCGUGACCUUGAGGCUAGGAAGCUGGGCCAACCUGAAUACGAGCUCGGGGUUGGCGUCUCGUCCGUGCCUAUCUUCCCAGACAAGCGAGGCUUCGUCGACUUAAUCCCGCAUCUUGUCCAAAUUCAAGGGGGAUAUUCGCUCCCCGAGGACCGCCAUUGUAUCGGCGAUGUCUUCAUAACAGUUAUUCACUGUGCAGUGGACGAACUCGAGUGCCUUAUGGGAGAGAAUACGAGAAUACUCUGCGAGCCCCAUACAACCAUAGUCGUCCCUGAAGGCGUUCGCUUCAGCUUGUACAAUAAAUGCGUGAACGAAGAUGCGGUCAUAUGUGUAUUCCUCACCCGACGGUAUGCUCUGAGAGUAACCCCGAAGGAGCAAGCGGAUUUCGUAUGGUCAGCUCGUGGGAAAUGGAAUUUGCUCAUGUUCGGCGGCCUAGGGGAUGCGAUCGGCGGCUUGCUGGGCUUCAUCGGCCAGCCGUAUGUCAGUGGAGUGAUGUAUUCGCUGAUGAACCAGGCUAUAGUACCAUUUACUGUGAUAUUCUCAUUGCUUAUUCUGGGAACUCGCUACAUUAGCCUGGAGCUUAUAGGAGUCCUCAUCGUUCUUCUCGCUGUAUGCAUGUCCAUGCACAACUUUAGUGCUUCCCAUUCGGACCCCUUCAUGGCGGCUCUGAUUGCCCUCAGCACCUCCGGGAACGCUCUCUCCUUCGUUCUCAAGGAGAAGGUCUUCCGAGCGUUCGUAGCAUGGCAGACGUCAGCCGCUCGUGCGCCACUCCUAGCAGACCAACGGUCAAGCCCACGCAAGCUAGAUGUAUUCGUUGUCAACUGCUGUGUGUCCGUCUUCCAAGUCCUUUGGCUUCUCCCUGUGCGCUCAGUGGCCUGCGUGCUCGUCACUACCACGCCUCCAGCAGAUGCUACCGACCCCGACGAUCUAGCGCUAUCUGGCCUGUGGUGGUCCAAGGAUGGCAACAGCCUCCUCCUCAACUACAGAGGCUCUGAUAUGUAUGAGAUCAAGAGCUUGGAUAAGGUUGAGCUUACGAGGCCGACUACGUCCCCGGCGUCGUCCAUGGGCAGCAAGAGUGUGGUAGCAGUGGAGACUUCUAACCUGAGGGUCUACACUGGGAGGAGGAAUGAGGAGACCUUCGCUAAGGAAUGUUGCAUGCUGAAUGGAGACCGAUACGUCGCAACGGGAGGAGAUUGCGGCCAUGUAUACAUCUGGGAUCGCUGUACGCAGCGGCUUCAGCGGAAGAUCAAAGCCGAUACGUUCGUCGUUAAUUGUGUGGCCCCUCAUCCCCUAGGAGAACCUUUCCUACUAACUAGCGGUAUAGACAGCGACGUUAAGCUGUGGCACACUGGGACUAUCCGACAUACGUUGAAGCGCGACUGUAGCAACAAUUUACUCAAUGGUGGCCUCUCUCGACCGCUGAGAUCUCGAUUGUUCGGCUCUCAGCGAGAGGAUGAGGCGCCAACGACGAUCAUAACGAUAGAGGAGAUCAGAGGGCGGAUAGACAGAGCUAAUAGUAAGAGACAACAUGCCAAUGAUGCCUUCCGGGAAUCACGGUAUCAGACAGCUCUAGUGUUAUAUAGCGAGGUGUUAGACUUACUACGAUACAAUUCUACUGAGGAGAGCGAUGAAUUGGAAAGGGAACGGCGGGAGUGUGCGGCGAUUACCUACAGUAACAUGACUGCUUGCCAUAUAAAGUUGUCCAGUUGGGCGGAUGGUCUCGCGGCUAGUAACUCGGCGCUCGAGCUUGAGCCUUAUCUACUGAAAGCCAUCUUGCGACGAGCACGCUGUAAGUUCGAGCUGAACGACUUCAAUGGCUGUCGAGACGACUUGAGUAUUGCUGAGCAUCAUCGGGAUAUCGGACCCUCUGGUCUCCAUGAGAUAAGGAAGCUCCGGCACGAGAUCGCUGUGAAGGAACGAGAGAGUCGUCGCCGUGAACAAUCCUUCUUCGCGAGGAUAUUCGGAUAGUCAUCGAAGUUUCAAUUGGUGUUCUUCAAACGAGGC